GGAGAGGCUCAGACUUCCAGAGUCUCCCAGAACACCCCAAAGUAGGUCGCGUGAUAGUUCAAUCGAAUUGAGAAAGGGACGGUCUAACCGAAUAUUGCAUUGUGAAUCUUAACCUCUCUUGGUACACACUCGACUCAAAUCUCAAUCUCUUAAAGAAGCAUCAAUUCGUCAAUUCAUCUUCUUUCUAUUCACAACACCCUCAGAAAUCCAUUGACUUUUUCAACUCUUCAAUCAAUCUUCAUCAAGUAUCCUUCUCUACCUUUCGAAUACCAUCAAUCUAUAUUGUCCUGCACCUUUCCAAACGCUACCUUCAAUAAUUCAACAUGGGUAAAUCACACAAGUACAAUGAUCGCGACCAUGCCGGCCUUGCCGAUGGUACCGCUCUUCCACAAGAGCAUUUGCCUCGUUAUUUCGCAAAGUCGGGUCAUAUUGAUGCCGAUCCAAAGAAAGCCAAGAAGAACGGUGCUGGAAAGGGCGGAUGGGGUGUAAAUGGUGAAGAAGUCCAAGAUGAAGGUUUCAAUAUGGCCAAUGCUCGUCGUCGUUCCAACAGUAGCUCUUAUACUGCUGGUCUCAAAGACUUCAAGACCAAAUUCGAACAAAUCGAAACCGAGCCAGUUUUCGAGGAGAAUAUCCAUGGUGCCUUGAUGGAAGAACUUCCAGAGACUACCCGUUCCAACACAAACAGCUCGGAGAGUAGCAGUGUUGAUGAGGAUGUCAAGACCAAGUAAUACUUGGAUCUUGACGGGCUGCAUAUGGCAUAAGUGUCUUACAGGAAUGUCAAAUGUAUGAGGACUCCAUGAUGUUUGAUCUGCCGACGGAUCGAUACAAUCGCAAUCUUCUCUCUUUACGGACGGAGUGCAGGGAUAUGAGGAGUAUGAAUGAAACGAAAUGUUACUUUAAGCUGGCACCGGUUUAUAAGUCCAGAUGUAUUAUCAGAGCUUCUAUUUAGCUACUAAAGGCAUAGAAGGAUUGCCCAGUAAAUCUCUUGUUCUUGAUUCCUGUGAUGACUCUUUUUAUGUUGAUGUUAUGUUACAAUUAACCAAGCCAAGAAUAAGA